AUGUUCGACUACUUUGCGCGCCAGUACCGCUGGUACAAGCUCGAGUUCGGCCUCACCAUGCUCAGUUGGUGGGAGGUGGCCAUCUUCAACUGCUUCCUGCUGCUCGUGACGAGCGUGACCGGCUACUACAUCUACAGCGUCGGCAGCCACAUCGCGGGUUUCCUCCAGAACUAG